GUCAAGUGGAUAUCGUGUCAACAAUCGAAUUCUCAAAGCAAAAGUUCUACAACAUAAAAAGAAGCCACCCGUUCGUUUUCUCGUGUUAACUUAUAUUCGAUUGCAGGCUAGUUUCGAUCGCCGUUCCAAAAAUGCAUACCGACGAACCGGAAACUCCUGCGACGCAACGGCUAACCAACGAUGAUUUUCGUAAACUUUUGAUGACACCAAGAGUACCGGGAGCGGGAGCAGGACAUGCAGCCGGAUCCAUCCGAGAUGCGAUGUCCAGCAAAAGCUCGGGCUCAGCGGUAGCUCAAUCUGGCUCAUCGGCAUCUGCUUCCUCUUCCACCAUCAAAACACCAUCAUCGGAACGCAAUGAGGCUCGUCGCAAAAAGAAGAAUUUCUAUGCACAACUUAAAAAGCAAGAGGACAACAAACUUGCCGAAUUGGCGGAGAAAUAUCGCGACCGCGCUCGUGAAAGACGUGACGGUGCCAAUCCUGAUUACCAGAAUCUGGAUUCUUCCAGCACAACCAGCGCCUACCGAGCGGUUGCUCCGGAUGCCAAGUCGGGACUCGACGCCGCUGAGCGUCGUCGUCAACAGAUCCAAGAGUCCAAAUUCUUGGGAGGUGACAUGGAGCACACCCAUUUGGUGAAGGGUCUGGAUUAUGCGCUUCUGCAGAAAGUUCGGAGCGAAAUCGUUGCCAAAGAGCAGGAACAGGAGGAAGAAAUGGAAAAGCUGGUCGACAUCGAAGCAACCGCUGCUUUACCCAAUUCGGGCCAACGUUCCGCCACCACCGGCAGUAGCCUGCCAGCUGAAAAGGAUACAGUAACUUCGGAAGAAAUAGAUUUCCAUACCGUGCUGGGACAGAAUAUUUUUCGCUUUUUGGAAAAGCAACGUUCACGAGUGAUCGAACGCAAUGAAAUGUUUGCCCCUGGUCGAAUGGCGUACCACAUUGAGCUGGAGGACGAAAACGUCGAUACCGAUAUUCCAACAACUGUAAUCCGCUCUAAAGCGGAAGUGCCGCUGGAUGUAUGUGACACGCAGACGCUCACCAUAAACGACAUUGUGAUCAACAAAUUGGCCCAAAUCCUCUCCUACCUGCGGCAAGGUGGGCGAGGCAAGAAAAACAAACGUCGGGACAAAGAUAAGCCACUUUUCAAAAUACCAGGAGAAACAGGAGGCAAAGAGGUGGACGAAUCAAUCUACGGAGACAUUGGAGAUUACCGUCCCAGUCGGCGAUACGAGGACGUUGGAACGUCCUCUAAGUUAGAAGGUAAACAUAAUUACUUUGGCAAGGGCGAUGGCGAAAACACGGUGGAUCACGAAGCAUCGAUAUCGGCGAUUCCACCGCCACCGAAGCUAUCGACACAGCUCAUCACUAAGUUAACAGCUGAACCGGAGGGAUACGCCGAAUGCUAUCCGGGAUUGCAGGAGAUGAAUGAUGCGAUCGAUGAUUCAGAUGAUGAGGUGGACUACACUAAGAUGGAUCUCGGCAACAAGAAAGGCCCUAUUGGUCGUUGGGAUUUUGACACUCAGGAAGAGUAUUCCGAGUACAUGAGCAGCAAAGAGGCCCUGCCAAAGGCAGCUUUCCAGUACGGCGUUAAAAUGCAGGAUGGACGCAAGACUCGCAAACAUAAAACGGAAAAGAACGAAAAAGCCGAGCUCGACCGUGAAUGGCAACAGAUUCAGAACAUUAUUCAGAAGCGAAAAGCUAAAACGGGCAGCGAUGAUGUUGAGAUAAAGAAAAACAAAUACUAAUCUACUCCGUAUCCGGAAGUUACUCAAUCAUCAUCAGCAGAAAUCAUUUAUUGUGCAACUCUUAAACGCUAGUAAAAAAGUGUAAAAAUACACAAAA